CAGCAAUACUACCUUGGUCUACGACCGAUACGUGUAUACCGAAACAGUACAUGACUACAUAUUUUCUGAGGGCAAUGACCAGUUACCAGUAACCUACAGCUUCACGGGAGAAAUCUCUAGCAGGAAUGAGAGACAGUUUACGGGUUGUGGAGGAACUUUCGCCGGGAUACAGUGCGCUGGAUGCGUUCUCUGCAACGACGGUUUUGUGAAGGACGGCAUCAUCUGGGUGGAUUUUGAUUGCUCGAACAUUCAAGAAGGUUUGGUGUUUAAUUGCGACAUGGCCCCCAAUUACUACGUACAUUCUUUGAAAGGGUACAACAAGCACUGACACAUGCUAUGAUUGAUAAUGAUGGAGCAAGCGUCAGCAAUAUCUUUGAGCACAGCGAUAAUACGACGCCGGCGAGUCCUACUGCUGGCACGACCACGGCAGCACCAACGACGACUGGUGCCAUCAAUGGAACGCAAACAAGACCACCUGCUGGCAACGGUACCGCGACACCGACCAUGCCCACCAAUACAACACUGACCAAAGCACCCACCGAAGAUUCAAACACAGCUUUGAUUCCUGUAGAUGACAAUUCCUGCACCGACAAUGACAACUGCACCAAGGGAGAACAGUUUUGUGGCAGGGAUGGUACCUGCCACCCCUAUUCAUGCGAGGACUGGUAUACACAAGGACCCCUGAGCUUUACCAGUUAUGAUGAUGAAAAUCCUGUUGAUUUGACCUGCAUGGAUAUCGCUGAGUCGGAGGCACGAGAGCUGAACCUCAAUGCCCUGGUCUUUGCCUGCAAACGCUUCCCCAUUGGACGAGUAGCUCCACAAACCAAGGCUGUGUCCAAAGUCUUCAACUAUAUUUGUACAGCCACACCCAGAGAAGGACAUGGUUUUGUCUGUUAUCGAUUCAAAGAAUAUACGAACUUCAACAACUACCAGAAUGACGUUGCUAGCCUGAACCUACAAAUUCCUCCCUGUCAGGGGGGAGCUGACCAACCACCGCUUGCAGAGUACUGGUAUCAAACAACUCUGGCACAAACGCGGCCUGGAGUGGAGGAAAUCAUUGUUACCGGACCGGAAAGAACUGCUGGUUUCUCCCAGGUCAAUGCCUUCAAACCCAUUUACGCACACAUUUUCAGCCAAUUUCCGGCACGGUGAUGAGAAGCUAGAGCGACAGUGACAACAGUUACCAGCCACAGCGGUGCACUGGGACACCUUCAAAGCUUAUGCUGCUGUGGUUGGUGUCUGCCGUCUGUUUCUGCUGCAAUAGUUUACUGUCAUACAACGGAUGUUUUCAUCCAGAUGGAGAGAACGAAGAUUGGAUCCAGCGACGGAAACGGUGCGGUAUGCUGGAGACUCUGAAACCAAGAAAGUGUAUGCAACAAUAACGAAAACAAUGGUCAGUGGACCUAUCAAUCAGUGUAAUGACAUGAUAAUAAGAUAAGGGAGAGUGCAGUGUGGC